GAUCUCACAGGUCUCUCCAAGUUGCUGUCUAAGAAGAUGAUAAUCACACAAAUGUGGCACUUCUAUGUCACCAGAAUUAUACUUCUUCUCCUGAUUAGUAUUCUCCCUGGAACUACUAGCCAAGGGGAUUCAAGACGACAAGAACCUGGGGACUUUGUGAAGCAAGAUAUUGGAGGACUCUCUCCUAAGCAUGCCCCAGAUAUUCCUGAUGAUAGCACAGAUAACAUUACUAUCUUCACUAGAAUCUUGGAUCGGCUUCUGGAUGGCUAUGAUAAUCGGCUGCGACCUGGACUUGGAGAUGCAGUGACUGAAGUGAAGACAGACAUCUAUGUGACCAGUUUUGGCCCUGUGUCAGACACUGACAUGGAAUAUACUAUUGAUGUAUUUUUUAGACAGACAUGGCAUGAUGAGAGACUGAAAUUUGAUGGACCAAUGAAGAUCCUUCCACUGAACAAUCUUCUAGCUAGUAAGAUAUGGACUCCUGACACCUUCUUCCACAAUGGUAAAAAAUCAGUGGCUCACAAUAUGACCACACCCAACAAGCUGCUCAGACUGGUAGACAAUGGGACCCUCCUCUAUACAAUGAGGUUAACAAUACAUGCUGAAUGUCCUAUGCAUUUAGAAGAUUUCCCCAUGGAUGUACAUGCCUGCCCACUGAAGUUUGGAAGCUAUGCCUAUACCAAAGCUGAAGUAAUUUAUUCUUGGACUCUUGGGAAGAACAAAUCUGUGGAAGUAGCACAGGAUGGCUCACGUCUGAAUCAGUAUGACUUGCUUGGCCAUGUUGUUGGAACAGAGAUAAUCCGAUCUAGUACAGGAGAAUAUGUCGUCAUGACAACCCACUUUCAUUUGAAGAGAAAAAUUGGCUACUUUGUCAUCCAGACCUACUUGCCAUGUAUCAUGACUGUCAUUCUGUCACAAGUGUCUUUCUGGCUUAACAGAGAAUCCGUCCCUGCCCGCACAGUCUUUGGUGUCACCACUGUUCUCACCAUGACCACCUUGAGUAUCAGUGCCAGAAAUUCUUUACCUAAAGUGGCAUAUGCGACGGCCAUGGACUGGUUCAUAGCCGUCUGUUAUGCCUUUGUAUUUUCUGCACUGAUUGAAUUUGCUACUGUCAACUACUUUACCAAGCGGAGUUGGGCUUGGGAAGGCAAGAAGGUACCAGAGGCCCUGGAGAUGAAGAAAAAAACGCCAGCUGCUCCAACAAAGAAAACAAGCACCACCUUCAACAUAGUGGGAACCACCUAUCCUAUUAACCUGGCCAAGGAUACUGAGUUCUCCACCAUCUCCAAGGCUGCUGCUCCCAGUGCUUCUUCAACUCCAACAGUGAUUGCUUCACCCAAGACCACUUAUGUGCAAGACAUUCCUGCUGAGACCAAGACCUACAACAGUGUCAGCAAGGUUGACAAAAUUUCCCGCAUCAUCUUCCCUGUGCUCUUUGCCAUAUUCAAUCUUGUCUAUUGGGCUACAUAUGUGAACCGGGAAUCAGCUAUCAAGGGCAUGAUCCGCAAACAGUAGAUAAUAGUGGCAGCACAGCAACCA